AAAGUUGUUCGAUAGCGGGACAGCAAGGAUUAUAGUGGGAAAGACGUUAGUGUAUGUGAGAGAAGAAAUGAGCUAAAUGUUUCUAUGAAGUUGGUCAGUGACGCCUGAUUUGCUUGAUAAGUUAGUCGGGAAUUUAAAAUUUGAUAUGAUUGUCGCUUCAAUAAUUUGUGGGCGGUACAUUGUGUUAGGCGCAAAUAAACUAAUGGACACUUGAAAAAUUUAGAGAGUAGUUAAUCUUUUCAAAUAUUCUAAUGAACGUAUUAUUUGUGUAAAUAUAAAUCCGCUUUCACGCUAUUGAAAACAUUUGAAGAGGAAUUUUUUAAGCAUUGCAAUUAGUGAAUGAUUAACCCUUGAAUGUUUCGGACGGACCAUAAACUGAAGUGUAGGUUUUUUGUUUCUGAGAUGUAAAAUUGUAUCAAGAAAACUUCAAAAUGGACCCAGUGAAAAUAUUGUGUUUCAUGUUUUCUAUUUUGCUGGGAGAUAUGUGGAUCUUAAGUUCGGCAAAACAUUUGCCAGAAGACGAGACCAACUGGCUGAGAAUUCGAACCAGGAUCCUUUAUCCUCAGAAUUUCGCGAGUGUUCGUAUAAAUUCACAUAAUGAAAGGGAGCUACGUGUGUGUUACGGGAAAGUGUUAGCGUUGGAAACAUACAUGUCAAGUGGCUAUUCAUUGGAUUAUGAUAUGGUUUUACGGCAAAUUACCGACGGCCGACGAAUUUUACAGGCGGUGUACCAAGGAGGGGUUAUGAAAGAAUGCGACUUUUCACAAGACUCUAAUCAAAUGCUAGAUUUCGUGUCAAAUUUUAUGGCGUCAGAUUACUUUGGAGAUGAUUACGGGGACAUUAUUUCCUCAAUUUCGUAUUCAAACUACACAAGAAAAAAUACGAUGCUUGCUUAUCGGAGGCUCAAACAAUUAGAUUCUUUAAAAGAAGUGUCAGAGCUGACCGAUAUGCGUUUAUUUAGAAAGCAAUGCCGAGAAUUUCUGACGAGUGCAAAUUUAAUUGCGAAGAAAGAAGCUCAGUCAGGCAACUUUACAGAUAUUUAUGCUGAAAUCCUUGAACACACAGACCCUGAGAAAAUUAGUGAAUUCAAUAAAGAACUUUUGGCUAAACAUCCUAGCAAAUUCACUAAAACCCCACCAAUCACGGAACACGACAUCAGCAAGCGUUCAACUGCACCACUCAAACGCAAACGCUCGAAACGUGCCUCUUUCGAUUUCAAUAGCGUGCUUAUAUUUCCAGGAACUAAAUGGUGCGGGAAAGGUGAUCUAGCUCAAUGCUAUGAAGAUUUAGGAGAUGAUCAUGAACUAGAUGCAUGUUGUAGGGAUCAUGAUUGUUGCCCCUUUAUGAUCCCUCCAUUCUCUAACAGAUUUGGAGUAUUUAACUACAGAUUCCAUUCCCUCAUCCACUGUGACUGUGACCAAAGGUUCCGUGGGUGUCUUCGGCAGUCUGAAUCUUCAAUGGCGAAUAUGAUUGGAAAAAUAUACUUCAAUAUCCUCGGUAGCAAGUGCUUUGAGUUUCAGGAAACGGAAGUUUGUGCGGAACGCUCUUGGUGGGGCCGUUGUCAGAGAUAUGAAAAUCAAACCCUUGCGGCCGUUCGAAGUCAAGUAUCAUUUAUUGAUAAAGAUGGCAAUGAGGAUUAUGCUGUUGUUAACGACAAAACUGACAGGCGAUAACUUGAUAUUGAUUGAACAGAGUGAAACAUAUACCUCUUAAUUAUUUUAUAUUUUUCUUUACUUUGUUUAUAUUCAUUUUAUCAUCAUCUUCCGAAAAUAGUGCGGAGAUAUAACUCAUGUAAAUUGUUAUUUCAUUCUUCUUCAAAGCAUCUUGAAAAUUUGUCUUUUUUUAAAUCUCUUACUUAUUAAAAUAUAAACCUAUCUUACAUCAAUAUAAAAACGUUAUGUUCAAUCGGCUAGCGAGUCAGUUCUUUGGAAAGAUUACCAUUUUUAAAGUAAAAUGUAUUGAUGUACGUUUGCAUAUCAACUACUGCUCUACUAACGUGUUAGCAUUAUUGUGGUCUACUACUGUUGUUUCACUUCUGAAAAUGUAUGAUAUUUUGUUCAUGAAAUAAGCAAUAACUCAGGUUUAACUUUCAUUUAUAUUAAGGUCAAUUAGUAAAUAAUAAUGCUGACAUUUAAAGAGCAGGUAAAACAAUAAAACAUUUCAAUGUACAUAUUUUAUAUUUCAUGUUUAUUUGUUAAAUGAUGUGUUAUGUUUGCACAGUAAUAUUGGUAGACUUAUAGUUAUGUUCCACCCCCCUUCCGAAAUGUAUAUUAAAUUGCACAUGUCAACCAAUGUAUUUGUUCCUCCGUAGACUAAACCUUGUCACAACAAUGUUAAGAGAACGCUUUGCCUACUGUCCAAAUAUUAAUGAAAGUUUUGUCAUUUAGAUUACCCCUAAUGAUUUUGGUGUGAGUAUGUCUAAUUUGUAGGUCACCGAGACAUUGAGUAACCAUUCUAGAAACAGAAUUUUCCUCAGCAAAUUACCCUAUUGACCAUUACCGGUCUGUUUGUCAAAUGUCAAGGUCACGGUUGUCAGACCACCUUGAGCAAAAGAGACAAAUCAAUUCGGCCAAAAAUUAUCAGAUUUGGUUGGUAGAUUUGUGAUUUAAAUUUAAGCUGAGGUCAGUAAACAGAAGGGCAUGGUUACAGUGUUUUGGUCACACACAUGAAUUGUCUGACCGGUAAGCAAAGAAUUUUUCAUCACAUAACACGGGGACGGUGACUAUGAUAUAGAUAAAAAAAACUAUUGAUAUUUGGGCCAAAGGUCAAGGUCCUUUUCACAAAGUUUUUCCAAUUGAUAAUUAAAGAACUCUUUGAUCUUUGGUCUUCAGAUCUAGAUGGGGAUGUUGGUACUAAACUUUAUAAUUACUCUUACUUUUUGUGUACUUAUUUUAAGCCAGUAAGUAGGUCAUGAUUGCCACGCUAAGUUUUCUUCUGAGGUUCCAAGGUACUAUUCAAUUAUAUGCUUAAUUUAAAUUGCCUGAUUUAAAAAAACGUGUUUCUAUGUUGCCAUAGUGAGAUUUUUAUUUUACGUUUUCUUUUAAUUUAUAUUACAUUGACGGCAAAGGACAUUUGGAUGCAUAUUCAAAGCACAUAAGAUUUCUGAAGGAUAUAAAAUAUUAAAUUGUCCCUAAUGCAUAAUUUUUUUUAAUAUUUCAGGCUUUAUAAAUAUUUGUGUUUUAGCGCGAAAUACAGUAAAAAUAUAAGCAAAAACCUGGGCCAGAUUGUGUCGCCAUAUUGUGUUUUUUAAAAGUUUGAACGGGUAAUAAAUUAUGUCUAUAUAUGUUUAUUUUAAUAAAUGUUAUAAUGUGAA